AUGGAGGAAGGCGUGUAUUGGCGACCGUCCUGCUCGACGCUAUCCCUCGAACACCAUGGCAGCACGAGUCAUCUAUGUGCUAGACACGCAAACACCCCACGAAUGCCGCACAGACACCCCCACGCACAUGCGCCCCACGUGCACCACCAUGCGCACGCGCACGCGCACACGCACCACCUGCCGCACGCGCAACACGCAACCUGCCCCGUGCACAGCCCCUUCAGACAGCCAACGCCUGAAUACUGCGCAGCGCACUCUCAGAUUCCGGAGUUCAUGUUAUGGAUGGCAUCAUCUGCACCAAAUUUA